GGAGAGGAGAGGAGAGGAGAGCAGGGGGAGGAUCCAGCGCUGCGGCCGUCUUUCUUUUCACUAACUCUGGAGUUGAGUUUAGAAGAGCCUGAAAUGACUAAUGAGAAAGCAAUGAGCUGUGAGCAGCAGUGAUCCUGGACUAAAGUCUGAAUCUCCGGCACAGACGGACUCUUUCCUCCAGUCUGCAGCAGAUUUACAGCUAAACUAUGACGAGGUGAAGAGAGUUUCCCUCUCGUCUCACGCUUACAAGAGCAGCUACUCUCCACCCAGACAAGAUGGAGGAGGGAUAUGAACUCGACCUCACCUAUGUGACGGAGCGCAUUAUCGCGGUGUCCUUCCCUCAAGACUGCUUCGAGGAGACGUACCUGCGCAACCUGAGAGACGUCACGCGCAUGCUCAAGUCCAAACACGCAGACAACUAUCUGGUGAUCAACCUGUCAGAGAGAAAGCAGGAGCUCACUAAGAUGAACCCUAAGACUCUGGACACGGGAUGGCCGGACUUCCACGCUCCUCCUCUGGAUAAGAUCUGCACCAUCUGUAAGGCCGUAGAGGACUGGCUGAACGCCGACCCGCUGCACGUGGUGGUCAUUCACUGCAGGGGUGGGAAGGGCAGGAUCGGAGUGGUCAUCUCCUCCUUCGUUCAUUUCACAGACGUCUCUGCCAGUGCAGAUCAGGCUUUAGAUCGAUUCGCCAUGAGGAAGUUCUAUGAUGACAAGGUUUCUGCUUUGAUGACGCCGUCGCAGAAAAGGUACGUGUGGAUCCUCAACAGUCUGCUGAGCGGCUCCAUCAAGAUGAACACGUCUCCUCUGUUCCUCCACUGCAUCAUCAUUCAUGGCGUCCCUAACUUUGACGCUGCGGGAGCGUGUCAGCCGUAUCUGAAGGUGUAUCAGGGGAUGCAGGUGGUGUACGUCUCAGGAGUCUAUCACAUUGGAGCCGCUCACAGAGACAGGAUCUGUAUCGCGCUCGAACCGGCGCAGCUGCUGAAGGGAGAUAUUAUGGUGAAAUGCUUUCAUAAGAGCAGCCAGUCUGAGCGAGACGUUAUAUUCAGAGUUCAGUUUCACACGGGUGCCGUUCAGGCCUACAGCCUCGUGUUUCAGAAAGACGACAUGGAGCAGGCUAACAAAGAUAGCAGAUUUCCAGAUUAUGGGAAAGUGGAGUUGGUGUUCUCUGACGGCCCAGAAAGAAUUUCAGGUUCAGAGCGCUGGCAGAACGGUCCAGAUGUGACAGUCGACUACAUGAGCACAGAUUCACUCUCGAAGUGGGACUCGUACCAGAACAUCUGCGCUGCAGAAGCGGCUCCUCUCCAGCCUCCCGCUCCCACACUGGAGCGCUGUUCGGUGAGGAGGAACGGCAGCAGGAGCGCCACUCUCUCCAGAGCGCAGCAGAGCACCUCCUCCAGCCCCGACCACACGCUAUCGGCCAGCACCGACUCGGGCCUCUCCAGCGCCUCGCUGCGCAACGACUGCUGGCCCAAAACCCCGCAGCCCAGCCAGCAGGAGCGCGUGGAGCUCAAGCGGCUGCUCAGCGGCUUCGGCCUGGACGAGAUGAGCCGAGGCUGCGCCGUGCCGGAGCCGCCCGUGAGCCCCGCGCCGGUCCUUGUGAACGGACGCUCGCGGCCAAAGGAGCGCGAGACCGACAUCCUGGACGAUGAAGUGUUGACCUCACGGCACGACCUGCACAGCGUGGACAGUCUGGGCACGCUCUCCUCGUCCUAUCACAAGAGCAGCCAGAACUCGCUGCUGUCCGACGGCUUCGGCAGUCCCGGCCGCACAGACGAGCAUCAGACGCACGCGGCGGCCGUGGACGAGUACGAGCGCAGAGCCGGGUUCGUUCAGAGGAGCGCGUCGCUGCCCGUCGGCGCUCCGGCGCUCGGCGUGAGUCCCAGGCACGCGUUCCAGCACGCCGGAUACUCCACGCAGACGUGGGUCCAUCAGCAGCAGCUGGUCGCCGCUCAGCAGUACUCGUACCUGCCAGAGGAGGACGCCGUCGAGGAGCGCUUCCACAACAACAUACAGGAGCUGCUGCCUAAAGCCACCGUGCAGAACAUCUGUCCGUCGAGUCCCGCAGUCUCUCAGAGACAAGACGUGGACAAGAAACACGACGAGGAGUUCAGCUCUCUGACGCUGGACAUCGAUAACUCCAUCCACCAGCUCAACCAGCUCAUCCUGGACCUGGAUCCCACAUUCGUGCCCAUUCCCACCAAACCCAGCUCAAUCAGCAGAGCCGGCGGAGCGGACAGUAACGGAAACACGCAGACGGACGGCGGCAGAGACACGACCCGUCAGAUGGGUGAGACCAGCUUACAGAACAGAUUCAUUAUGAGCCCAAAGACGAGUGACGUGACGGAGCUGAGUGGAGCACGAGGACAGACGGCCUGGACACUGAACCUGAACACGGCAGACACACACACACUGACCACUGCUGCACCGCACACACAGCAUGUGUUCAUAUCAGACGGUGUGCAGUACUCGUCUCUCAGCUCACUGGACACUGGCAGUGACGUGAUGCCCUCAACACCAGCCUUCCCCAUCACACCACCCACUCCAUACGUGAAGAGCAUGAUGGGUUUUUCACCAUACAGACAGACUCCGUCUCCUUCAUUUGGAUCCUGUAGAGCUGAACACGAAAUAAGAGAGAAUGCAGGAUUUAUGGGAGCUUCAGACGAGGGUUUCCAGCAUCACAGGCCGUACAUCACUGGAGUCACGGCCUUCUCUGACCGGUCUGCAGACUGCUUGAGCUUCGCCCCGUCCUCCGUCCCGUCUCUGCCCGCUCCGAACGCCCACAGCUCUCCUCUCAGCGGCCCGAGAGCCCGAGUCCUCCAGCAGACGUUUGAGGAGAAGUUCGGCCUCGGCCCGGCGCUGGAGGGACUGGAGUAUCAGCAGAACGUCCUGCUGGCGUCGGACGGCGAGCACUCGCAGGGUUCGGCGUCUCCCAGCGGUUUCUCCAGUCCUCACAGCGGCAGUUCGCUCAGCAUCCCGUUCCCCAGCGUCCUGCCGGAGCUGCAGACCCGGGCGACCGCCGGCGGAUCAGACGGGCUCUCCAGCAAACAGCUGACGGUCAAAUUCGUCCAGGACACCUCCAAAUACUGGUACAAGCCCGAUAUCGCACGGGACCAAGCUAUCGCGGUGCUGAAGGACAAAGAGCCCGGCUCGUUCGUCGUGCGGGACAGUCACUCGUUCAGAGGCGCGUAUGGACUGGCCAUGAAAGUGGCCACACCGCCGCCGUCAGCACUGCAGAGCAGGAGAGGAGCGGAUCUGUCCAGUGAGCUGGUGCGGCACUUCCUGAUCGAGUGUUCGCCGCGGGGCGUCCGGCUCAAAGGAUGCCCUAGCGAACCCUACUUCGGCAGUCUGAGCGCUCUGGUCUGUCAGCACUCCAUCACUCCUCUGGCUCUUCCCUGUAAACUCAUCAUUCCUGACAGAGAUCCUCUAGAGGACGCCGUCAGCGCGUCGUCGCAGUCCAUCACCAACUCUGCAGCUGAACUCCUCAAACAAGGAGCAGCCUGUAACGUGUGGUUUCUGGGUUCGGUGGAGAUGGAGUCUCUGACGGGGUAUCAGGCGGUGCAGAAGGCCACCACUGAGAUCCUGAGCGCCGACUCGCUCCCGUCCUCCACCGUAGUGCACUUCAAAGUGUCCUCGCAGGGAAUCACGCUCACCGACAACCAGAGAAAACUGUUCUUCAGGAGACACUACGCCGUCAGCACCGUCAUAUUCUGUGCUCUCGACCCACAGGACAGGAAAUGGAAACGAGAAGGCUGCUCUUCAGCAAAGAUCUUCGGGUUUGUGGCGAGGAAAGCGGGCAGCAGUAUGGAGAACGUGUGUCACGUGUUUGCGGAGCACGACCCCGAGCAGCCCGCCAGCGCCAUCGUCAACUUCGUCUCCAAAGUCAUGAUCGGCUCUCAGAGGAUGUGAUGAACGAGGAGUCCUUCUGAAAAGCAGCAUGUACAGUGUUUGUAUAUUUGUGUAUUGUAAGUGUAAGUAUGGUUUACACAGGCUCGAAUAGAAUCGCUCUCAUUGGAUAUAAAUCUCAACAUAUGUGUGUUUAUGAACAGUAACGCUUUCUUAAAUUAUUUCUAGUAUUUUAUGUGUAAUGUAUCCCACUACUGAUGACAUAAAACCAAAAAAAUCUUUAUAAUGUCAGUGCAUUUUAGUUAUCUAUAUAUUUAGUAUUUUUAAUUUUUUUACUUGCAAAUUUCUAUUACAUAUGCCAAGUCGUUUUCUACAGAAAAAACUUCAUAUAUAUAUAUAUAUAUAUAUAUAUAAAAGGUUACGCAUGUGAAAUAGUGUCAGAUGUGUUUAGUGGUGUUUGUCGUCAGUGCUGAUGUUCAGAAUCUCGAGUGCAGAUGAAUGAAUAUUUCUGAUCUCUGACUCCAGUCUGACAGCUCUGAUGCUUUUGUGUAUCUUUUUGUAUGUCAUGAUGCUGUUUUCAUACGUCAUGUAGAUUCAGUCGUGUGUUGUACAGGAGUCUCUGCAUCAAUUGUGUUUAGAGAAUUGGUUUAAUGAUUAUGUUGUUCUGUGGACUGAUGGACUCUCUAAACUCAUCUGAACAGAUCUGAUUUGUCAUUAUACAUCAGCAGAGCACAAAUCUACUGACUACAUUCACACAGAUAACUGCUGAGGAUUAUUUAUUCUUUUCAGAAGCUGAAAUGAACCACACACACGCUCUAAAUAUUGAUCAGAAAAUAGAAAUAUUCUUGUAUUUUUUUAGUUUUUGGUACCGAAUGUCUGUUCAUGUACGUCAUCUGCUUCCAUCGGUGGCAGAAUCUGAGAAAUAAAGAGUGCAGGCAGAAAUGA